UUGAUGGCUUCGUCCGUUUCACAUGGAGAGGCCCGCUUUUGGGCAAAGCGGGCUGGCACAUGUUUGAUUCGCUGGGCACGAGGCUACGGAUCCAAACCGUCGGGUACCGUCACGGACAGCCAUGGCAUAUUGCCGCUACUACAAGUUAGUUGGCGGUGGCAUGACACGAUAGCAACAAGUAUACAUGCACAUAGCUACCUAUCUAUCUACGUACAGUGCUCAGGUUCUGUCUGCAUCUUGAUUGACUUUGUUGCUUGCUGCGUCUGGCUGGAUGUGCAGCUAUGCCAUGAAUGCUCUCUCAGAGUACACGUGGCCCCUCGCAUACCCACAUCUACACCGACUCAUCAGAGGCUGCCCACGCAAUACCCGACGCUGCGGGCAGCCCCUGUAGGCCGUGUCAUCGCUGAUUCGCAAUUCCGGAGAAAACACGACCAGCUGCGACUCGCCCACCCCCGCACCAAAACACCUCGCCUACGUCUUUUUGCUUGCUUCCCAUUUGCUUUUGCUGACCGCCCAUUUGCUAUACGUGACAGCCCCUACUAG